AUUUACAAAACUGUAUUGUAUUCUUGAGUGUCUGUGGCGCUUGAUUCUAAAAAAGACUCAGUCAGUCCAGCAGCCUUUAGUAUAAAAAAAAAAUAAUUUUGUGUUGUGAUAUAAAAACGUGUGCUUUAGAAAUCAUCCAGUCAAUUAUCAUUGUAAAACGAGACUGAAAACAGCCAGAGACACAAUAGUGUAAUCAAAACAAAACACAUAUAAUAUAAAAAAAUAUUAAAAAUAAAAUAUAUUUCAAAAAAAAGCUAAAGUUAAAAAAAACUAAAGAAAAGAAAUUAAAAUAAAAAGAAUUUUACUUCCGUAUAAAAACCAUAAACAUAAAAUAAAGAUUAUUUUUCAACAAAUACUAAAAAAAAUCAAAAGUGAAAUUUAAUUAAAAAAUUGCAACCGAAAAAAAAUACAUAACCUGUAAACUUUUGCCUUUAAAAUCAAAAACUAUAUAAAUUGUAUAUAAAAAUGUUGGCAAAAAGAUUUCAUUUGUUAGUUAUAUUAGUUUUUACUAUUAUCCUUUUACUGCCAGUCGGUCAAUGUGGCCCGGUGCCAAGAGUGAAUGAGCAAGAGAUGUUAAUGCCCAAAGUACCACAAUCACAUUGUCUACGCUACUUCAAACAUGAUGUUCUAAUGAGAAGACGUUGUCGUCAUAUACGUGUACCCAUAAUGCCCAGAUUGGGCGAUCUGAAUAAGUGAGAUUACUGAUAGAAAAGUUUUUUAUAGCAACUACUGUUGCCAUUUAAAUAUAAAAAUUAAGCAAAAAGCUUGAGAUACAAUUUUGAUUAUUUUAAACAACAUAUUUUAAUUGUAAACUUGUUAAAAUGACUGAUACCAAACAUACAUAAGUAGUAGUUGAUAUUUAAAAUAAUGAAAAUAUAAAAGAAAUUUUAGUAAAAAUUUGAUACAUUUUUUAUAAAGUAACUUAAAUAUUCACUGUUCAUAAAUUUGUAGCAAAAAGUUAUAAACCAAAAAAGAAAAUA